AGAGGAUGAGGCUCUGAAUCUCCUCCAUUCAUAAACCACAUCCACACCCACUCUGCAAAUCCACAGCCCAAUUCCUUCUCCUUCCUCUCUUCUUUUAAGAAGAAGAAGAGGAGGAGGGAAUUAACUGUUUUUUUUUUUAAGGAUAAGAAGAUGGCCUUGAAGCUGUGGGCCUCUUCAGCUGCCAAUGCCCUCAAGCUCUCCUCCAGGGCUUCUGCCCCUUUCCCUGCCUCAUCAAUCUCCAGGUGCUUCUCAUCUGUGAUUGAUGGUUUCAGGUACAGUGAUUCUCAUGAAUGGGUGAAGCAUCAGGGGGAUGUGGCCACAAUUGGCAUCACUGACCAUGCUCAGGGUCAUCUCGGAGAGGUGGUCUUCGUGGAGCUGCCGGAAUCCGGCACAUCAGUCACGAAAGGAAGCGGCUUUGGAGCUGUGGAAAGUGUCAAGGCCACAAGCGAUGUCAACUCUCCGAUCUCCGGUGAAGUCAUUGAAGUCAACUCCAAGCUCACCGGGGCGCCUGGCCUGAUCAACACGAGCACAUAUGAAGAUGGUUGGAUGAUCAAGGUGAAGCCUAGCGAUCCAUCUGAGCUUCAAUCCUUGAUGGAUUCGAAGGAAUACUCCAAGUUUUGCGAGGAAGAAGAUGCGCACUAGAGUAUACAGAUCGACCAAUCUUGUUGCUUGUUACAGACAAGUUCAGUUCCUAUGUGAUCUUCUUCUUCCUGUUAAUGCUUUCCCUUUUUCCUUUAUUUUUUAAACAAAAGAUUAAAAGGUGGAAACUUUGUUGUCUCGCAGUUAUGUUUCUGAUUGGAAAUUGCAUAUUAUCAA